AUGAAUGUUAUCUCCUGGAACAUUAGAGGACUAGGAUCGGACGCCAAAAGUUCGUGGUGUAGGAAGCUAAAGGUGGAGAACGAAGUCAGUUUUAUUAUGCUCCAAGAAACUCAGUUUGAGUCAUUAGAGAAUGUUAAGGUUAAUUGGUUUUGGGGGAAUGAUGAUUUCGAGUUUGCCCAUGUUGACUCUACGGGAAGGUCUGGUGGUUUAAUGUCGCUGUGGAACCCAAAGGUUUUUGUGAAGGACUCGGUUGUUACAGAGAGGUAUUUGUUGGUGGUUUCGGGUUUUUUAAAAGAAGAUGGUAGGAGAGUUAGCCUGGUUAAUGUAUAUUGUCCACAAAGAUUAGUUGAUAAGCGAAUGGUUUGGGAUAGGUGGAAGUCUAUUGUAAAGGAUGAUGGAGGUUUCUGGAUCGUGGGGGGCGACUUCAAUAGUGUGAGAGAUAAAGUGGAAAGACGUAAUUCGUUCUUCAAUUUUUCGGUGUCUAGUGAAUUCAAUCAUUUUGUGGAGGACGUGGGUUUGCAUGAGUUUACAUUAAAAGGCCGCAAGUUUACGUAUUUGGUGGGUAACAAGAUGAGUCGUCUAGAUAGAAUUUUCGUUGAUUGGGUGUUGCUCAAUGAAUGGCCUAACGCGGAGUACCGGGUGUUGGAUCGGAAAGGUUCGGAUCAUUUCCCUCUUCUUUUAAAAGUUGUUUCCAGGAAUUUUGGAGCCAAACCUUUCAAGUUCUUUAAUUCGUGGUUACAAGGGGAGGGUUUUGAUGGGUUGGUUAAAGAUGCGCUUGUUAAUGGGGAGUUCCAUGGUGACGCGUAUUCGAGACUGAUGGGAAAAUUCAAGUUGUUGAGGCAUAAAAUAAAGGCUUGGAAAGAGGUAGUGACUCGUGAAGAGAUGGAGGAGGUCGAUUGUCUGUCUAAUGAAGUUAGAGAAUUAGAAGGUGUUUUGGAGGAUAGGGACUUAUUGGAAGAAGAGAAUUGGAUCUUGGAGGAGGCUAGAGCUAGAUUAAAACAUUUGGAGUUCAUAAAGAUGAAGGACUUGAGGCAGAAAUCGAGAGUUCAUUGGGCGAAAGUGGGUGAUGAGAAUACUCGCUUUUUUCAUGGGUCGAUUAAUACUAGGAGGGUGGCAAAUGCUAUCACGGGUCUGACGGUAAAUGGCGAGUGGGCUACUAAUCCUAAGGUGAUUAAAAAAGAAGUGUUGAGGUUCUUUCGUGGUAAGUUUGUUGAAGAGAUGCCUACUAGGCCGAUGUUGUCCUGCUUCGGGUUGAAGAAAAUUAGUUCGGAAGAGGCGGUUUAUUUAACUAGUCCAUUUUUAGAGAAGGAGAUAAAGGAGGCGGUGUUUCAAUGUGGGAGUGAUAAAGCCCCAGGCCCGGACGAUUUUAAUUUCCGCUUCGUUAAGAGGUAUUGGGAAUUUUUUUCGGCUGAUUUUGUAGAUAUAUUGCACCAUUUUGGGGCUUCUGGUUUUAUUGGUCAUAAUGUUGCUACGUCUUUUAUUACUCUGGUUCCAAAAGUUAAGGACCCUAAUAGUUUAGGGGAGUACCGGGCAAUAAACUUGAUAGGGGUGGUGAGUAAAGUGAUUUCUAAGGUCUUGGCUAAUAGACUGAAGAAUGUUAUGGAUAGUGUCAUUAAUGAAACCCAGUCGGCAUUCGUAGCUGGCCGGUAUAUUCUGGAUAGUCCUUUGGUGAUUAGUGAAGUUAUGUCGUGGUCCAAAAGAAGCGGGAAGGAGAUGUUCAUAUGGGUUAAAGGCAUUCUGGUUUCGGCUCGGUCUUCGGUUUUGGUUAACGGGUCGUCGACCUUUGAGUUCAGUUGUGGGAAGGGUAUUAGACAGGGUGAUCCCAUAUCGCCUUUUCUGUUUAUUAUGGUUAUGGAAGCUCUCUCCGGUAUUAUUAAGAAAGCGUGUAGUAUCGGGUCUUUUCAGGGCGUGGGGCUUCCGAGGGACGGUCCGGUUAUUCUCAUCUUCUGUAUGCAGAUGAUGCUAUGGUUAUGGGUGAAUGGUCGGAGACAAGAGGGAAAUGCCUUAUGGAGAAGGGUGGUUGACGCUAUUCAUGGGUCCAAUAGGAAAGGGGAGAUUUAUCCUCAUAGUUCUAGGUUUGCUGGGACGUGGACUAAACUAGUGAAAUGCGGUGUUCGGUUAAAAGUGGGUGACGUUAGUAGUGUGAGUAUGAUCCGGGGUAGGCUUGGGAACAGAGCUGUAAUAAGGUUCUGGAUAGACCCUUGGGUUUCUCGGGAUCCUUUAAAAAACAUGUUUCCGGAUUUGUUUCGGUUAGAGCAGGAGAAAUCUUGUUCGGUGGGGGAUAGAAUCAUGGGGGCUGCUUCAGUUGGUGGCUUACAGUGGAAUUGGAGACAUGAACCAUCGACAGAAGUGGAGUUAAAUCAGUUGCAGGAUUGUCUUCUUUUGAUAGAUGGGAUUCAAGUGCUAGAUUCGGCCGAUAAGUGGUAUUGGGAUACAGUUGAUACAGACGGGUUCUCGGUUUCGGAUGUCAAGAGAUGGAUUGAUAGUGGUCGGCCAAACAUAGACCAAGCGAUUUAUAGGUGGUGCAAAUGGAUUCCGAUCAAGUGCAACGUGUUUAUGUGGAGAAUGCUUAUGGAUAGGAUUCCUACGAAAAAGGCGCUUUCUAGGCGGAAUGUCAACUGCGGAGACGGUUUAUGCAGUUUUUGUGAGGAGUUUGAGGAAACCAUUGACCAUAUUUUUACGGCCUGUUUGGUUUCUACGGGAGUAUGGAACGCGAUAGCUAGAUGGGUUGGUCUCCCUCAGUUCUACUUCUUUUCGGUGGCGGAUAUCCUCCAUAUGGAGUAUACUUCUUCUUGGUCUAAGGAGAAGAAGAUGGCGCUUCAUGGGGUGCUGGUGAUCUCUUGUUGGAGGAUAUGGAGGGCUAGGAAUGAGAGGAUAUUCAAGAACGAAAGGCGGACCGUUGUUGAUAUUGUGGCGGACAUUAAAGCUUUGGGUUUCUUAUGGUUUUCUAGUAGGUAUAAAAAGGGAUUGGUGGGUUGGAUGGAUUGGAAUAAUUUCUCUUUUGAUGUAAUGUAA